GGCGGCUGCUGAGCGGCGAAGUGGCGUGGACCUCAUGUAGAAAUGACAACAAUGGAAGGGGCCAGCGGGUCGAGUUUUGGAAUAGACACGAUUUUGUCCAGUGCCAGUUCGGGCAGCCCCGGCAUGAUGAAUGGAGAUUUCCGCCCGCUCGGCGAGGCCAGGACCGCGGAUUUUAGGAGUCAGGCCACUCCGUCCCCCUGUUCGGAGAUUGAUACCGUAGGAACGGCGCCUUCUUCUCCCAUCUCGGUCACCAUGGAGCCCCCGGAGCCUCAUCUGGUAGCAGAAGGGCCCCAGCAUCACCACCACCUCCACCACAGCCAACCGCCGCCGCCACCCGCCGCGGCCCCCACGCAAAGUUUGCAGCCUUCUCCCCAACAGCAGCCGCCGCCGCCGCCGCCGCAGCAACCACCAGCCCAGCAGCUGGGCUCGGCCGCCUCGGCCCCCAGGACUUCCACCUCUUCUUUUUUAAUUAAGGACAUCUUGGGCGACAGCAAACCUCUGGCGGCGUGUGCACCCUACAGCACCAGCGUGUCCUCUCCCCACCACACCCCGAAGCAGGAGAGCAACGCAGCACACGAGAGCUUCAGGCCAAAGCUCGAGCAGGAGGACAGCAAAACCAAACUCGACAAGCGGGAAGAUUCCCAGAGCGACAUCAAAUGCCACGGAACAAAGGAAGAAGGAGACCGGGAGAUUACGAGCAGCCGAGAGAGUCCCCCUGUGAGAGCCAAAAAGCCUCGCAAAGCCAGAACAGCUUUCUCUGACCACCAACUCAAUCAACUGGAGCGUAGCUUUGAGCGGCAGAAAUAUCUGAGUGUGCAGGACCGCAUGGACCUGGCAGCUGCGCUCAACCUCACGGACACCCAAGUCAAAACCUGGUACCAGAACCGCAGGACCAAGUGGAAGCGGCAGACCGCGGUGGGCCUGGAGCUGCUGGCCGAGGCGGGCAACUACUCGGCCCUGCAGAGGAUGUUUCCGUCGCCUUAUUUCUACCACCCAAGCCUGCUGGGCAGCAUGGACAGCACUACGGCCGCCGCGGCUGCCGCAGCCAUGUACAGCAGCAUGUACCGGACUCCUCCCGCGCCCCAUCCCCAGCUGCAGCGGCCCCUGGUGCCCCGCGUGCUCAUCCACGGCCUGGGGCCCGGGGGGCAGCCGGCCCUCAACCCCUUGUCCAACCCCAUCCCAGGCACCCCGCACCCCCGGUGAAGAACGAGCGACUGGCAGCGCUGCAGUCCCUUCCCAUCCCAUCCCCGCCCCGACCGACCGGACAGCUGACCCUCCGCUCCGCUCCCCGCACCAGGCCGCUGGGCCUCUCUCGGGAGCGACCCCGGGAAGCGGAGCAGUAAGAGAAGAAGCCGCUCAGUGGGAGGGGGUGCCCCCCAAAGAGGAACCAGCCCUCCGCUCUCUAUCUCCCCACCCCCAGAAACAGGGCUGGAAAGCUCCCCACAGCAGUGUGACUGGCGAUAUUGCUGACCCCACACAAAGUGCGACCAGUAAGUGAAAGCA